AACAGUUUUUCUUUUCUCUGUUUUCAAGCAUUGUGACUGAACAAAAUUCAACCAAGUUCAGUCGCUCUCACUUUCACCUUUCACUUUAUCGCCGCUUAAUUCAUGUUACUAAACUUCAACGGAUUAACAAAAGGAAAAAUGGAAUUCGAUCUCGAGAAUCCAUUGACGGGCUUCGAAGAACACCAUUUCAACGCCGUUUCAGCUCUCUUCGCUUCCGAAUCCGAUCACAUGCCGUCCUUUCUCGCCUUCAAAUCCACUGAUGUUCGCUUUUGCCUUCGCCGCCAUUCUCUCUCCCUUAUUUCUCAAACACAAAGCGCUUACAAAUUUGAUCGGUAUAUGGCAUACCUCGCUGUCAAUUACAUCGACCGUUUUCUUUCCGAACAAGUAGUUACGGAGAAUAGGCCAUGGAUUGUACGGAUUCUCGUCAUUGCUAGCCUUUCACUUGCAGCGAAAAUGACGAACUUCAAUUUAUCACUCUCCGAUAUUCAGAGAGAUGUCGGGGUAAUUUUUGACGCUCAAUCAAUUCCGCGUAUGGAAUCGCUGAUUCUCACUACUCUAGAAUGGCGACUAAGAUCCAUCACGCCUUUCUCGUUUCUGCAUUUCUGCAUGUCGCUUUUUCAACUCGGCGACUCGUCUCUGACUCAGCCUCUUAAACGGCGAGCUUCAGAUAUCAUUUUCAGUACUCAAUACGAAACUAAGCUUUUUGAGUAUAAACCAUCAAUAAUAGCAGCAUCGGCGCUUCUAUGUGCAGCUGAUGAGUUGAUUCCAUUGCGAUUUUCCUCUUUCUUAGCUGCAACUUCAGAAUGUCAAUACUUAACUAAAGAGGAACUUAUGAAUGCUUUGGCUGUAAUACGGGAAAUGCUGAUAGAAGGGCGUGAGUCCACUGUCGAUACGUUGACGCCAAAAAGUGUUCUUGAGUGUGAAUGUACAACAUCUGAAUGCGAGAAACCCACGAAUCUAGAUGGGGACAGCAUGAAAAGGCGUAAAUUGAAUGACUUUAGGGAUGAGACGUUCCGGAUUUCUCAUAUUCAGCGCUGCUAAACUUGUUUUUUUAUUUUCUUUAAUUUUGUUGUGAUUGUAAGAAGUUAGGAUGGUCUCGCAUGUAACAAUUUUGUUCGAACGGGAACAGACACGUGAAUAGUGAGAAGUGGAAGGACCUUUGAAUAAAUUGAACUAUUAAUUGCAGCUGCAGGGGAGAAUCGUAACCACACUGCUGUAGACUGCAAUAUCCCCAUAGAUUCCUCUUUGUGCUUCGAAAUGGCAAUUGUAUGUUGCUGCAAAAAAGUAAAAAGCAAUUUAUGUUCUAUUCAGUUAAAAUGCAAUAAAGCUGUUCAGAAAAAAAAUUCA